AUGCCUCCAGAUGGAUCCUCAUUCACGGCCUUGAAUCUACCAUCAUCAUUCACUCUUCCAGAAUGUAUGGAAUACUUCACAUUGUCAGCCGGCCCGAAUACUGAUCUAUGGCGCAAACCGCCAAACGGUGACACCUCAACCGCACCCAUCGUCUUCACAUCCCUUCACCAUCCAUUCGUAGUAGCCGAAGUCACAGUCAGCGCAGACUGGGAAAUGGAGUGGGAUCAAGGUGGAUUGGUCAUCUUUGCCGGAGCCGCUCCCUCAUCAGAUGCACCAGCACCAGUACCAGCCAUAGUGGCGGAUCGCCACACCAAUCGACAGCCAUGUAAAUGGGUCAAAGCGGGUAUGGAAUUCUCAGGAGGAAUGGUCAAUGCGUCUUCUGUGAGUGCGACGGCGGACGGUGCUGAUUGGUGUCUUUCGCCAUUGGUUCAGGCGCAGGGUCCUGAGGUUCAGUCUCUUCGUAUAAAGUUGGAGAGAAUUGGUCAUGCUCUCUGGAUCUGGUACCAGGUACCUUCUGCUUCGCCAUAUGGAGUUUCUCCCGGGGCUGUGGGUAGUACGUGGAAGAAACUGCGUGAGGUUACUUGGUUCUUCUAUGGCGUUGAAGACAAGCUCGUUCAUGUGGGUGUCUAUGCCAGUCGACCGACUAAUCUUGCGCGCAGUACCACUAUGUGGGAUGCUAUGCAUGGCUUGACGAUUGAUAGUUCAUUGUCGACUGGAUCGGCCGAUGGAUUGGUCGUGGAGUUUGAGGAUCUGGAAAUAUUCUGA